UUACUUUAAUGAAAUCAGUUUUACAUCGUCCCAAUACAUAUCUUUGAAAAAAUAUAUAGCUAAAAAAUUAUCGUGUGGGAGUGUUGAAAUUAUUAUAAUACAUUACGAAUCUCAAUCUCACAAGUUAAGCAAAUAUUUUGUGUAGAAUUUCUUGUGAUAAAAAAAAUCUUUAAAAAAAUUGAAAAAAUAUUUCAAUUCAUGAAAAAGUGCUGUGCCAUUUAAUAAUCAACAAAUAUGUCUGAAAAUAGUAAUAAGGAACAAAUCGAAGCUCCAUUGAAUUCAAGUGCCAUUGACAUGUCAUUAUCGAUGCAACAAACUUCGAUAUCAAGUAUGACAAAUCCAAAUGAAUUAAAAAGAUCAGUUAAGAUCCAAGAAUUACCUAGUGCUGUUCUAAAUAAUCAUGUAACACCGGCUGGUAUUUCACGAGAACGAAGCUUUGUCAGGGCUUCAAAUCCACAAAACUACAACAUUUUUCAGAAUAUGAAUAAACGCCGUAGUAUGGGCUUUCAACAGCAAAUUAGAAUGAAACCAGCACUAGAAAUAUACAGGCCACCGAAUAUCCGAAUGGAUAUUCCACAAAAUAAACUUAAUGUUCACGCUCAAGAAUUUACAAUGGGAAUGCAAUCUAAUAUGGGAAACAACAGAUCUUCAUUGCCACUAUACAACACAUCCAGUAAUCUUCAACACUCGAAAUCAAGUGGAAAUAUGCAAAUGCAAAUUGCUCAGCAUAAUCGCCAAGUUAUGCAUCAAUUACAGCAACAACGUCUUCUUUUAGGAGGAUCACAUCCAUUACAAAUGAAUAGUGGAAUUAUUCAUCAAGCAUCUCAUAUGCCUUUAGUCAAUUCACCAUCUUCGGGAAAUAUUCUACAUCAAUCAUCUCCAAGAGUAAAAUUUGCACCAGAACCAAUUAUUCAUCAAUCGUAUCAACAACCUGUUUCCAACGGCAACAGUAACAAUAAUGUAAUCAUAAAUAAUAUGUUAACUCCACUUCCACUCCAAAGAUCUAAGUCUAUGUCAUCAGCGGAUGCUCUUACAAGAGGUAUUGCUAGUUUGGGAUUAGGACUAAGUGUUGAAGAUAUAGGACCAUUUUCUCCAGAAAUAAUGGGAAUGAUUAGUGAAGCUUCUGACGAUCCCAACCAAUUAAAUGCAAGAUGCUUGAUGGAAUUAGCUACUCAUUGCAUGAAUCGUGCCAUAGAAGGACGAAGAUACUCCCUUCCAAUUUCACGUUUGUGCAUUUCAAUUAUAUCUAAAGAACAAAAGGAAACUUUUCUCGAAGCUCUCUUAAAUCUUUGUCGUCAAUACUAUCAAGAACGUGACAAAGUUCUUGGAUCAAUUCCGAACUCAAAGAAUCCAUCACGACCACGAUUUACAGCUUUCAUGGCAUUUCUUACAGAAAUGUUUUGUCAGCUGAAACGACGUCAAUUGCAAUUGAGAACACAAUGUGAUGGUAUUUCACCACCAUUGGUUUUAUUGACUCUACUUGGUAAAUGCUGUGAAGAUUGCGUAAAAUCACCUGUUCGAUCACUAUCCGAGAUCGAAUGCCUAUUCUUCGUUUUGACUUGUAUUGGAAAAGAUCUCGAAAUGCAAAUCCCACAGCAAUUAGAAACAUUAUUUAUAAAUGUCCGUGAUGCAUUCUUAAACUCAUCAGCAUCCCAGCCUGCUGUUCGUCGAACAUUAUUGCAAUUGAUAGAAUUGCAAGCUUCAAAAUGGCAGUUGCCAUGUAACACUGUUCUCUAUUAUUACCCAUCAUCAAAGUAAAAGAACUUUUGGAGAAUCCUUGUUAUGUGUGAUGAGCAGUAAAUGUCAUUAAUAUUUUGUUUUGAUCUGUUUUUCUUGUUUUCAUAAAUCACUUCACUUUUGUUUAAUCCUCUUUUGAUUAUUUUUUCCGAUUUUAAAACUUUUAAGCUUAAUUUUUAUUUGCUUUGUAUAAAUUGAGCAAAACGAAAAAAAAAAUGAAAAACGAACAAAUAAUUGCGAAAAAUAGUUAAUGGAUUAACUUUACAAUUACAAGCAC